AUGAAGCAUAAUAACGCACUAACCACCGGGCACUUUAAGAAAACCUCCCUAAGAUACAAGACAUGGUUCGACCAGCCAAUACAGAAGAGGCUUAGAAAAGAGAAGAGACAGCAGAAGGCAAAGCAGAUAGCGCCCACAAACGUAGAGCUGCUCAGACCAGCAGUCAGAUGCAACAGCAGAAGAUACAACAUCAAGGAAAGACUGGGCAGAGGAUUCUCGUUCGCAGAGAUCGUGCAGGCAGGCCUAACAGCCAAAGAGGCAAGACAGCUGGGCAUAUCCGUAGACCCAAGAAGAUACACCAGAUCCGAAGAGUCUCUGGACCUCAAUGUCUCCAGAAUCAAGAACUAUCUCUCCAAGAUCACCGUCUACGAAAGCAAGAGAGAAGCAAUCGAGAGCGGAGCAGUACAGCACAAGACAGCCAUCAUGCCCAUCGAGAAGAAGAAGCCUGUCAUUGGAUCCAUGCCCGCAUCAGAAGUCCAGAACCAGGCCACAGCCUGCGACGAGAUGUUCAGACUCAGAGAGGAGAGAAUCAGAAAGAGAUCCUUAAAAGAAAGACUAGGACUGUUAAAGCCCCUGAACCCAAAGCACAGAGAGCAGGGCGUUGAGAGCAAAUAA